GGACCGUGAUUUAUAAUCUCUCUCUCCGGUCUUCGCUGCUUUGUCACGGAGUGCACUCCAGUAGCUCUAGCUUCAUCACUGCACUUGGAUAUCUUCAGUACAUUUUAGAGAGAGAGAGAGAGAGAGAGAGAGAGAGAGAGAGAGAGAGAGAGAUGGUGGGUUCAAGAGAAUCCAUGGCCAUCGUGUUCACCGUCAUUCUCGUCCUGCUCUCGACCACCGUCGGACCGUCGACAGCCAGAGAGAUCCGCCCAGCGGAUCACGGCCUGGAGUACCAGAGCUCGCCGCCCUCGGGAGUGGACCCGCCACCAGACAUGACGUCGUUCUUCGGGACAUCGUCAUCAGCAUCUCCGCCGCCGCCACCGUCGUCUUUGUCCUCAUCCAACGCUCCAGCCACGGACACCGCAUUGACGGGGCCGAUGGAAUCGAGCAGCUCCUGGCCGCAGCAUCACGGUGGCAACGGCGGCGGCGGAGGAGGGAGGGAUCGGGUGAGGGACGUGCUGGUGGUGGCGAGCAUAGCAUGUGGGGCCGUCGGGGUGGUGCUGCUGGGGCGUCGGCUUUUCUUUUUCCUCUUCCGGUUCAAAAGAGAAAGAGCCCGACCAGAACCUCAGUCAACAAGUCAACAAGAGAAAUAA